ACCUACUGGUACAAAUUUAAGUGUUAAAGUUUGACAUGCUCUCUCUCUCUCAUCUAUUUAGACAUAAAAAUAUUCUGGUGAAAAAAAGAAAAGAAAAGAAGAGAAUUCCUUUUUUGACCACAACUUGUAAUGGUUAAAACUUCGAAAAGUACAACUCUACCCACCAAGGUCUAUUUUAAUAUGCUCAUGCUUCAAGUUUCAUGUGUGUCAGACCACAAAACCAAGACAAUAGAAUCUCUCUUCGAAGAGAGGAGAGAGACAGAGAGAAAGAGAGUUUAUUUAUAAUUUGGAAAUGGUAAGCUAGUGAACAAAUCAGCUCUGGUUUUUUCUUGUAUGGGGCUUCUGUUUUGUAUGGAUAUGAAGAGAGAUUCAUUUCCAUGGACAAAACUUUGGAAUGAACCAUUUUGUAUUCUUUACACAACAAGACAACACCAAUGUAUACAAACACAACGAGUUGUUUCAGUAAAACGAACAUCACAGAAAAAACAGCUAUAUUCCACACAAAUGGCUGCUGCUUCUAUUUUUCGUAACAAACACUCAGUGAUACUACCUCUUUUUGUUGUUUUCCUUCUAUUUUUUACUUCUUCCAUUACUCCUGUCUUGUGUCUAAAACUUAACUCAGAUUCCGGUAACCGGUUACUGGCCAACCAAACUUUCAGGCCAGGAAACGAGAUACUGAAACUAAAAAGAGUCAAUGCUUAUCUUAAGAAGAUCAACAAGCCUGCAGUUAAGACAAUUCAGAGCCCCGAUGGAGAUGUAAUAGAUUGUGUUUUAUCUCAUCUUCAACCAGCAUUUGACCAUCCAGAGCUUAAAGGACAAAAACCAUUGGAUCCUCCAGAGAAGCCAAAAGGCAAUGAGACUACAGUGAAAAUGACAGAGAGCUAUCAGCUAUGGACAGAUUCAGGUGAAUCAUGUCCAGAAGGAACUGUUCCAAUAAGAAGAACCACACAAAAGGAUGUUCUAAGAGCAAGUAAAAUUAGAAGAUUUGGCAGAAAAUUAAGAAGACAUGUAAGAAGAGACUCAACAGGCACCGGCCAUGAGCAUGCAGUUGUGUUUGUUAACGGAGAACAAUAUUAUGGAGCAAAGGCCAAUAUAAAUGUGUGGGCUCCUCGUGUUACCGAUCAAUACGAGUUCAGCUUGUCACAAAUUUGGGUCAUUUCUGGUUCUUUUGGCAACGAUCUAAAUACCAUUGAAGCUGGUUGGCAGGUUAGCCCUGAGUUGUAUGGAGAUAAUUAUCCUAGAUUCUUCACUUACUGGACAACUGAUGCUUACCAAGCUACUGGAUGCUACAACUUACUGUGUUCUGGGUUUGUCCAAACCAAUAACAAGAUUGCCAUUGGAGCUGCAAUAUCUCCAAGGUCUAUUUACAGUGGUAGACAAUUUGAUAUCGGUCUAAUGGUUUGGAAGGACCCAAAACAUGGAAACUGGUGGUUGGAAUUUGGGUCAGGACUACUGGUAGGAUAUUGGCCGGCAUUUUUGUUCAGUCAUUUAAGAAGCCAUGCGAGUAUGGUUCAGUUUGGAGGAGAAAUUGUGAAUUCCAGAUCUUCAGGGUACCACACAGCUACCCAAAUGGGCAGUGGUCAUUUUGCAGAAGAAGGAUUUGGAAAAGCAUCCUAUUUUAGAAAUUUACAAGUUGUGGAUUGGGAUAAUAAUUUGCUGCCUUUAACAAAUCUUCACCUCUUGGCUGAUCAUCCAAAUUGUUAUGAUAUAAGGCAAGGAAAAAACAAUGUUUGGGGUACUUAUUUUUAUUAUGGUGGCCCCGGAAGAAAUGUAAGGUGUCCAUGAAGAUAUAUUUUGCAUAGAAUAGAGAGUAAGAUAUGGAUUUUGUGCAUUUUUGUUUUAUUUACCAUUAUUAUUAUUAUUUUUUUUGAGCUAUUAGUUUUUCAACCUAUGCCUUAGUAUGGCUUGGGCUAUUUGUAGAUUUUUUUUUUUUUUUGAAUAUAAUCUUCCCACUUCUGGAUUAUGUAAAUUUGGGGAAAUACAGGUUUGUUAAAAACAGUGAAUUGUGUGUCUUUUGUC